CUGUUUUGGUCAGGUGACCAAAUACAAUUGAUCACAUGACUAUCUGCUCACAUGAGAGGCCAGGCGCUGUGGGGGAGUUUCUAGAUUUAUUGUUGUAGUAAACUCACUAGUGCUGGAAGACCUUGUGCACAUCACCAUGAAAAACCUAGCAUUAUGUUGCUUCAUUAUCUCUGGAAUGAUCAUGGUUUCCAUGGCUGCAACAAACCCAGAUGAAGUACUCAACUUACCAGGCUUACUGAAGCAACCAUCUUUUCCACAUUACUCUGGUUACCUCAAAGCAACUGGAACAAAACAACUACACUACUGGCUGAUAACCUCAACACAUAAGAUUACUGAUCCACUCGUAGUGUUCAUUUAUGGUGGACCAGGAUGUAGUUCUUUGUACAGUUUAUUUGCUGAGAACGGACCAUUCACGGUACAAUCUAAUGGAGUGAAUCUUGACUACAAUGAAUAUAGCUGGAACUCUUUUGCCAAUGUCCUUUAUCUUGAGUCACCAGCCGGAGUGGGAUUUUCAUAUUCAGAAGACAAAAACUACAAGACGGAUGAUGACCAGAUCACAGAAGAUCACUACGCUGCUCUGAAGUCGUUCUUUGUUAAAUAUCCAGCCCUUCAGCCUCUUCCAUUGUAUCUGAUGGGUGAGAGUUACGCUUCUGUUUAUGUCUCCUUAUUGGCAAUGAAAAUGAUUAAUGCAGCAGAAGGUUAUGAUGCAAGCCUGAAAGGUAUUGCUACUGGAAAUGGGUUCAACAGUGUACAGAAAAAUGUGGAUUCCAUUGUUCCAUUUAUAUAUUAUCAUGGACUCAUUGGCAAUGAUAUGUGGUCAGUGCUUCAAGAGCAGUGCUGUAAAGACUCCCAGUGUUCUUACUACAACUCCACCAAUGACAACUGCACAGAUACUGUGAAUGGAAUUUAUCAAAUGGUUACUGACAUUGGACUGAACACCUAUAACCUGAAUGCAGAUUGUGUAGACAGUAGUAGUAUGAAGAAAUACACAGGCAGAAACAAGUACAGUAAAAAGAAGUACGCAAUGGACAUUACUAAGUUAUGGGAUCUAUCCGAAAGUGGCAAUGAACUGCCUUGCGUUAACACCUCCGCUAUAACGAAGUAUCUGAAUGACCCGUAUGUUCGGCAAGCACUGCAUAUUGAGAGCACGGUGCCCGCAUGGACUGUCUGCAAUAGUCAGAUACAUGACUCAUAUGUGAUGAAGUAUCCGGACUUAACAGAUAUCUACAAGAAACUGUUAGCUCUUUAUGAAUUCAAAUUACUGUUUUACAAUGGUGAUGUUGACCUGACAUGCAAUGCCCUCGGUAACGAAUGGUUUGUGAAAGAUCUCGGAAAAGAAGUAUCCGUCCAAUGGCGUCCAUGGCUGUACAACAAUGGUUACGAUCAGAUUGCCGGUUUUGUUCAAGAAUAUGAGGACCACCUAGCAUUUGUUACAAUAAAGGGAGCUGGUCACAUGGCACCUCACGAUAAUCGAAACGCUGCACAUCAACUCAUCUUCAACUUUAUGUACAACCGGCCAUACUAGAGAUAGUUACUGUUAACUGUACUUUGAGAACAAAAGAACCUUAAUUGUUUCAUGAGAACAUUACAUUGAGAAUAUUAUGUUAAUGUAUUAAUGGUGGUGGUGAUUUUCAGGACUGGUGGACCAAAAAGUUCAUGGAAAUUUUAAUAUGUAAAGUAUUAUGUUCAUGCAAUAAUGCAAUUUUCAGGGCUAGUUGAAUAAGAAGGUCACAGUUCACGUAAUAAUUUAAAUAAUUUUUUUGUAGUUGAUUUAACUUCAACUUGUUGAUAUAUUGAAAGUUCUAGCCACCAAAGGAAUUUACAUAAACAGCACAUUCCAUUUGUGUAGGUGGCUCUACAGCAACCAGUACCUGUAAACAAAGAGUAUAAAUAGAACAAGAGGGCAUACUCACAUUUGUAAGUUGGAUGCCCACUGUCACCGCGCACGGUUUGUUUGUGUAUCUGUUUUCCACAUGAUACAAUACUUUCAUAGAAGGGCGGUAGAUUUCCUUAUUUCUCUUAAUCGUCAUACUAUUGUGCGCGGGUAAUAAAGUGGAUACAAACAGCAAGGGGCAUCCUACACUGGCUGCGUAUUGUGUAUCCUUUUUUACACUCUGAAUGAGCAUAGUUGGCUCUCUUGUUCUAUUAAUACUCUUUGAACAGUGUGUAUUUUUCUAAUAAUUAUUGUAUAUCACUUAUUGAAUUUGAGAUUUUGUAUUCAAACAAAAAAAGUAAUUAUUUUUGUGUGUGUUUAGUUUAAUAUUGUUCUUAGUAUUUCUGAAAUUGUGUUUGUACACCACUAAAUUAGAUGGUCAAAAAGAAGUAUUUAGUAAUUAUAUGUAAUAUAUUGAAAAUAUAAUUUUUAGAUGAAGCAUUUACUUUUGGUUUUUAUUGAAGUAUUAUACUUCAUACAGGUAGUCUAAUAUUUUUUAAGGAAAUAUUUCUCAUUUUUGUUAGCAAAUUAUAUGAAUUCGUUAUGUUGCCGUACAGACCGCGGCUUCAGAAUGCCGACAUAUUGAAAACUUAAAUACAAAAAUGAUUUGAUUGUAUAAGGAAUAUACAUUUUUAAGUCUAUAAAAGAUUGAGUAACAGUGCUAUGGUCUUGAAGUUAAGAAACAUCAUUGAUCCAAUUUCUGAAAAUAAAUGAAAACAUGACACCAAUAAUCUUAUAGUUUGCAUCCAGUACACCUAAUAAUAAUAAUGGAAACAGAUGUUUAUAGAUGGUCUAAGUGCAUUAUAAUAAUUGAUGCAGUGAAGUAGGAAAUUUAUUACAAAAACAAGUAACAUUAUAUUGUAUAGUAAUUGCUUAGUAUCAUUGAACUAUAACAUAGCUAAUGCAUCAACAUUUAAGUGAUUGAAACUCGGUUAAGGCAGAUAAUUGAUGACUCAAUAUCAAAACUUACCAUGUCUUUCUUUUUUUUGUCCUCAAAAUGACAUUUCUGCACUGACUGUAAAAUAAAUUAUGAAUAACCUUUAAGAGUAUGUACACCGUAAUUUCUUAUUAAAAAUUAUUUAAUAUCAAACAAA